UUGAACUACGUUGAUACUUGUAUCUGGUAAUAAUAGUGUUUACCAAAUAUGAAGUGUUUACUAAUCAAUCUUAUUGUUUUUGUAAUUGUUGUUAAUUCGGAUACAAUUAAACGUCUAUUUUUACCACAAUUACCAAUUGGUGAAUACCGAGUUAAUGUAUUAGGAGUUAUACGCUAUGAUUCAAUCCAGUCAAAUGGCCAAAUUAAAUUUAAUCUUUACUUAAGCAAAACGUCAGCCAACAUUUCAGAAAUCAAAGGAAACAUUACCAAUAGCAUUCCAAUAGAUGACUCUCUUAAUGUUGAAAUCAAUAUGGCAGUAAAAGAUUCUAUCGGUGGUUGGAAGGAGAAUGCGCAUAUAUUUAAGGAAUCCAAAGCUUGCUCGUCAAUCAAAUCGUUCUUCGGCGACUUGUGGAAUCGAGUAACGGAUAGUCUAGGAAUAUAUAACACCACUUGUCAUAUUCCCGUGGGAUUUUAUAGAGCACCAGGCUUGAAUACUGAUAAAAACUUAUUUUCCAACUUUCCCAAGAAAUUUUUUUAUGGAACAUACAAAAUGCGUGUUCAUUAUGAAAAAAAUAAUAUAGUCUAUGGCUGUUUAACUUUUGUUAUAGAGAUGAAACGGCUUUGGGAAACUGAUUAAACAUUAAAUUACAAUAAAAUGAUGG